UUUAACAUCAGGUAUGCUGUUGUUUCUGGUUCAAACAAGGGCAUUGGAUUUGAAAUAUGCAGGCAAUUGGCAUCCAAUGGAAUUACAGUGGUGUUGACUGCCAGAGAUGAGAAGAGGGGUCUUGAAGCUGUUAAGAAACUCAAAGAGUAUGGAUUUUCUGAUAAUAUAAUCUUUCAUCAGCUUAACGUUACGGAUCCAGCAAGUGUCAAUUCACUAGCUGAAUUCAUCAAAGCCCAGUUUGGAAGGCUCGAUAUUUUGGUGAAUAAUGCAGGGAUUUUUGGAGCCAUUAUUGAUGGGGAUGCUCUAAGAGCUGCGAAACCCGCUGCCACUGAGGUUAGUCCUAGUGUACAGUGGACUCCAUAAGUGCUCUUAGCAGGAAUUCCUAUGCACCAUGUUUGCUUGAUUGAGUUAUAUGUCAAUUAAUUAACAUUACUACAAAAUGAAUCCAUUGAAAAUCGUAAUUGGCAGAUGAAAAUAUGAAUUUAUGAAAUAGCAGGACUAUAUCAUGUUUUCAGAAGUUUACUGCCUUCACUCUGUGUUCUUUGCUUACUUGUUCAUAAAACAACGACUAAUGCAGACAUAAAG